AUGACCUUUAUUUCUCAAGUAAACUCUUGUACUACUACUAACAAUUCCUCCUCUAAAUCCUCCUUAUUAUCACCCGCAAAUAACGCUAGUAAUGCUUCUUCAACUAAUGCUCCUCAAAAAAUUAAACCCAAAACCAAUUGUUCUAAAAAUAACACUCUUCGUAUUCUAAUUCAUGCAACCAUGCAAUUGCUUACUUCUCCUCCAAUUUCUCCGUCACCAUCCGAAGAAGAAAAUUGGUUAACAACUAGUUGA